CAGCGCGCAGCGAUCGAUCGCAAGUGUACCGGUACCUGGGAUUGCUCAAGACAGGGAGUCAAAUCCGUUCUUAACGUUAAAGACAAAGAUGAAAGUCAAGGUGAAAAGUAAGUUACAUCACAAGCCAUGUUGGACAGCUGUCGCAACAUGGAGGUGGAUAGCCAAUGAUGACAACUGUGGGAUCUGCAGAACAGCAUUUGAUGGUUGUUGCCCUGACUGCAAAAUGCCUGGUGAUGACUGCCCUCUUGUUUGGGGCCAGUGCUCCCAUGUUUUCCAUAUGCACUGUAUCCUGAAGUGGCUGAACUCACAGCAGGUCCACCAACUCUGUCCGAUGUGCAGACAAGAAUGGAAGUUCAAAGAGUGAAGAUGGAGAUAGUUCAAAAGACAGUUCAACCCUCAGAGAAGAACUUGAUAAGCAGUUGCAUGGGGAAGGUCCCUCUUCCUUCAUGGAGAAGGUUGAUCCAGUUUGACACAAUAUUUAACCAAGGUGUAAGGAAUGAGCCCUCUACAGAGAUGUUGAUGCCAUGCUUUUUCCGCUUUGAGAGAAAUGACCUAGUGUUUAAAAACAGUUUCCUGUGGCCAAGCUGUCAAUUAAUUGCUGAUAGUCUGCAGCAGACUGUCACUCAUAAUGGAUAUCCAACCUACUGACGUGUAGCUUCUACUUGGCUGUCAUAGAAAGAGAGAGAGAGAGAGAUUUAUAUAAAAUGACCUGAAAGUAUGUGUCAAGAUAAAAGAUAAUACACACCAUUCUGGGAGGAAUUUAUUGAACAAAUUUAUCUGAGAGUAGGAGACACAUAUAAUACAUACACAUUAGUAACCUGGGCAGGCAAAAUAUCAAUGUUUUAUUUCCGAGGGGGGGGGUGGGCUACUUUUCACAACUUAUUGCUUAUAUCUGCAACUUUGGAUAAACUUUAACAUGGCAAUGAAUGGGUCUUUUCUGUGGCUCCUUUUUGAGUUUCCAGGGCUCUUUUGAGCAUUUCAGGGGCGUAAUCAUCCCAAUUAAUCCCCUGUAUAAAUGUUUUCCUUUAACCUGGGCAUUAACAAGAAAUGGGCCUAUAUUGAACCGGGUGGUCCACCGGUGCCCGCCCAAAGCCCAGUUUUUUCUUAACUUAUAAUUUCUUCUAAACCAAUGAACCGCUAAACUAAAGAAAAAGAAAAAUCAGACAAGUUGAUAUGUGAAAGUGCCAAAAGUAUCGGACAAAGUCACAAACAAUAAGAAAGUUAUGAAUGAAUUUGUAAAAUUGGAAAUCACUAUACCCAUGGAGACUUCAAAUUGGCCGCAUUUGUGAUAUCAUAGUGAUGUAAGGCAAGGACUACUCUUCCAAUUUACUCCAAUAUAUAAAAUGGCUAGAAUGUCUUUUUAUUUAUUUUAAUUAAAUAUUUGAAGUUUUACUUCAAAUUAUAUUUUCCUUUCAUGAGGACAUAAACAAUAUGCUACAUAGGUUAUAUUUUGAUUGCUCAACCAGGGGAAUUCAUGUAGGUACUUAGGAGAAAACCACAAAAUCUAGUUGUGCUUGCCCCUUGCCAUGAUUUACUUACCCAGUUGCCAAUUUGAAAUUUACAUAGUCAUAGGGAUCUCAGUUUUAAAGCACACAACUUUCUUAUUGCUUGUCCGAUUUCUUUCAAACUUUCACCAUUCUCUCUUUCUUAUUUUUCUCUUUUCCAACACAACAUUUUUUUUACCAAGGUUGGAUUCCCCUUAAUGCUGUAUCUAAACCAUGUGAGCUUUGAAAUGGGGGAGAGGAGCAUUGAUAUGUAUUGAUAAAGAUAGAUUCCUAUUAUUGCCUGUCAAUAUAAAUUUCUGCAGCAUUUCAUGAUGGUUGAAAAAUAUUUGAAAAUGAAAAGCUACAAUUAUACAAUGUCAAAUGUGAGAAAUAUCUUGCAAAAUGCAAACUUGUAUAGUUAUUUUUAA